CACGGACACACACGCGCGCACACACGCAGACACACACACGGACACACACGCAGACACACACACGGACACGCGCGCGCGGCUAAAGUUGCUGCUGAUACCCGGGCCGCUGCGCGGGGAGUCGCGCGUCGCCGGGACGAGAAGGAGCGACACGGGGAGAAGCAGCAGCGGCAGCAGCAGCAGUCGUCACCUUGGCGAGCCGAACCGAUCGCUCGCUCUCUCUCUCUCCCCCUCUCUCUAGCGCGCUCUCUCUCUCCCUCUUUCUCGCCUCCCUCUCUCGCUCGCCUCUCCAGCAAACAAGCGAGUAAAUAAUAAAUAAAUAACGUCGCGGGCCAGGUGGAUCAAGAGGCGCCCACCGCCUCCUCCACACUCCCGCGUCCACCUCCCCGCGGACAGGAGCGGCGGCGCUCAGCCACCGACCGCCUCCUCGGCGGCCUCCCCCGCGGAGCGUUCAGCGCCGCGCGCAGAGAUGGGCGGCUCCGGGCCAAUUACCGAGACGCGGGACCAAUCGCGAAUUCAUAAAUAAUCGGCGCGCGGGCCCCGCGGGGAGACGCGGCGACGACGACGAACGGGAGGAGGAGGAGGAGUAGGGAGAGGAGUAGGGAGAGGAGGAGGGAGAGGAGGAGGGAGAGGAGGCGUCCCGGAUCAGCUGAGUUUCGCGAUCUCUCGUGGUGAGCGCCGUUCGGCCGCUGCCGCCCGCCUCCUUUUGGAACGUCAAAGUUCAGAAUCCUCACCGGGGGACUCGGACGAGGCGCCUCGUGGCCCCGACACGGAACAAUUCCGUCGUUCGACUUUAUUUCUUUAUUUAGAAGUUAAGAAAUUAAUAGAAAUAAAACGGGAUUUUUAUUUGUUGGGGGGGGGGGGGGGUGGUGGUCGGUCGGUGGAGCACGUGGCGUCGCGAGUGGGCUCUCCGGGACCAAGGAGGUGAGGCUCACGGCGCAGAAGGAGCAGGAGGGAGAGGCGGAACGCGAAGGAGUAACGGGAGAAGAAUCGUGAGAGGAGGAGGUGGGAGAGCAGCAGCAGCAGCAGCCAGAGGAGGUAGAGACGAAGAGCGAGAGAAGGAAGAGGAGGGUGUGAGCAGGAGCAAAAGGAGGGGGAGGAGGAGGUGGAGAAGGAGGAAUUGUAGGGACAGGCAGCGGAGGAGGAGGAGGACGAGGAGGAGGAGCAGCAGUCUCGGCGCGGCGCGGCGGAAUGAGCUCGCACCGCGAGGACGCGCUGCCGCUCGCCUGCGAGGCCACGCUGCCCGCCGCGGUGCCGGGGAAGCUGCCGCCCCCGCUGCAGGCGUUGCCACUGCUUCAGGCCGGGGCCCGCGACGGGCUGCCCCUGCUGCCCGCCGAGCCCGAGCCCACGGCCUGCAGCGGGGGCAGCCCGGGGCGCUCCCCGCCGCCGGCCGCGGCCCGGCCGGACGCGCAACUCGCCGCGAACGCGCACCGCACCACCUCCUUCUCCGUGCUCGACAUCCUGGACCCCAACAAAUUCACGGGCCGCGUCCGCGCCCUGCAGCAGCAGCAGCAGAUGCAGCAGCAGCAGCAGCAGGCGUCCCUGCUGGAGCCCCUGCUGCAGGGAGAGCCCGAGGCGCGGAGCCCACGCAGCGCAGAGCGAGACGCGGGCGCGGACGGCGCCGCCGAUUCGGGGAGUGCGCAGCUCCGCGAGAGAUCCGGGCCGGCAGAGACAGGGUUUCAGCUCCACGACGACUCGGAGCCCGAGGGACGCGGGCUCUGCGCGGGGACCGGCCGGGACUGCGCUCCCGAGGAGGAUCGCGGCGCCGAGGCAGCGGUGGCGGCGCGGGACAAAUCGUGCGGCAGAGACGGCGCCGGGGCGGACGGGGAUGAUCGAGGCGGCGGAGGCGGCGGAGGCGGCGGUGGCGGCGGCGACGGCGGCUCCGAGGAUGGAGGAGGCGGCGGCGGCGGUGGGAUCAAGGGGAGUGGGGACGGCACCGGGGGCGGCGCGCAGAAGCAGAAGCGCAAACGGUGCUCGUCCGAAGCCAAGUCGGGGAAGCCGCGCAGGGCGCGCACGGCGUUCACCUACGAGCAGCUGGUGGCGCUGGAGAAUAAGUUCAAGUCGACGCGAUACCUCUCCGUGUGCGAGCGCCUCAACCUGGCGCUGUCGCUCAGCCUCACGGAGACGCAGGUGAAGAUCUGGUUCCAGAACCGGCGAACCAAGUGGAAGAAACAGAACCCCGGAGCCGACACGAGCUGCCCCGCGGGAGGGGGGCUCGGAUCGGGGUCGAUCUCCCCGCCGAUGCCGCACCCCCUCUCCAUGGGCCCCCCCCACUACUCGGGCCCCGCGGGCCUCGUGUGCGCCGCCGCGCAGCUGCCCUUCAUGUCCUCGCACUCGGUGCUGCCCCCGUUCCUUCUCAACUCGCCCGCGUACGGCGGGGCGCACUCCUUCUAUCCGCACAUGUGAGGGACCCCCCCCCCCCCCACGCCUUCUGUACACCCCGAAGAGACCCCCGAGGAGUCCCCCCGCCCCCCAAAGGAGACUCCCUCAUCGCUGCACUCCUCCAUUCUUCACGUCCCCCAUAUCGGGUUCCGGACCCGGGUGGCUCCUCUGACCUCCCACCUUGACCCCCUUACCUUCCACCUUGACCCCCCUUACCUCCCUCCCCCUUCCCUGCCCCCCCCGGCCCCUUUGGACGUGAGGCCCCCUCUACGAUUACUUGAACGCGGCGCGGGCGGUGGAGCCGCGCAGACUCAGGGAAGAAGAAGAUGAGGAAGAGGAGGAGGAGGUGGUAGAGGAGGUGGCAGAGGAGGAAGAACCGCGGGAGUCGCGCGGAGUCGCGCCGCACGCGGGCACCGCCGCACACAUCGAGGGAAGGGCGGAGGAGGAAGUUCAGUCGGCGCUCAGGAGUUUGAGGAGUCCGCGCUUCUUCUCGAUGGAGAGCGAUGAAGAGGGACGAGGAACGCACGUGGCGUCUGUGAACUCACACACCACACGUGCGCACGCGCUGUGUCCACACACUUGUACAUUGUCUAUACACCCAGGUGCACAUGUACACAUGCGCGCUCGCACACACACGUGUACACGAGUGUACGUGCUCUGUGCGUAAACACGUGCAACUUGCUGUCUACAUGUGCACACACGCACGCACAGAGUUCACGCCAUGUACACACACACGUGUACCCACGAGUACACACUCUGUACAUAUCACACUCGCGUGCAUGACCGCGCCGCCGCCGCGAGGAUGAGGAGGAACAGCUUCGUCUCCGUCGCCCGCGAGUUGAAUCUUCACCGAGUUCGGGUCCGGAGCGAGGCGCCCUCUCUGCUGUUGCUGCUGUCCGUGUGCGAUUCUCUGCUCUCCGUGUACAGAUCCGUGAGCGAGCGAGUACGUGAGUGAGUCAGUGCUUGAGUGAGUGCGUGAGUGAGUGAGCGCAUGAGGGACUGUGUGAGUGCGUGUGAGUGCGUGAUUGAAUGACUGUGUG